AUGGAUGGGGCACGUGUGGCCACUCCUCCCAGCGAGAGGGUCCAGUAUCGAUUGACUGCCUUGGAGCCGCCAACAUCGGUCAGUGGGGAUUUGUCGGGACCAUCAUCCCGCCAUUUACCGCCGCCGAUAGCGGCGCCGGAUCAGCUAGCACCAGUGCAGCGCCCGCGAGCACGGUCGGCCAGCCCUGCCCCGGGAGGGGCGAUUGGCGAGGAAGAGAGAGCACGCUCACGAAGCCCGGUGCCACCUCCCGGUGUUGUUGAUUCGCCAAGCACUGAAAGCAGAAGCAGUGGCAAGGAGAAGAAAAAGAAGAAGAAAAAGCGACGACAGAGCUCGGACGCUGCAGCGAGUGAGGUUGCAGCAGGCGAAUCUUCCCGGCCUAUGCCUCGUGUCGAACUCGGCGUGUUCACUUCGGAAGAGAUGGACGAAGCAAGCCCCCGACCGCCAUGCCGAUACGGAGAGGAAUGCUAUCGAAAGAAUCCAAUGCAUCGGAAGCAGUUCUGCCAUCCCGGUGAUUGGGACCAUCCAGAUACGCAGAAAUCGGGCGCUGCCAGCAGCAGCACACCAGCACCAGUGUUGCGAGACGAAGGUGACAUCCCGGAAGUUUCGCUCUUUCGGGCACCGGACCCGGAGCCGCGGCCGGGCGGCUUGAGCCAUGGAGGGGGCACAGGCGAGCUGUCAGUCCGGAGCUUCAGUGUGCCAUUAGCUGGAGACGCGGGUGGCACAGAAGGUGACGCUGCAGGCGGGUGUCGAUGCGGUUGUGUUUCGUGA